AUUUGCCACAGUUGCGAAGCUCGAAGAAGGUCAGAGAGCUACAGUCUCGGGGCCCGCCGAGAUGCUUCUAGUAAAGUCGUGCAGGGGGUUCACCGCGUGGUUAUGGCCGUCGUCGCGGUUAGCGGGAUCAAGCCACGGGUUAAGGUCUCCGUUAGGGUUUGGCGCUGCAGCUGCUGCUUCUAAUUUACCACCUGUUGUUAUAUCUUAUCGUUGCCCAAUGCUGUCGUCUCUCCAACCUCAUUUCGUACUUCAUUCAUGGGCUGGCUAUUUAGUUCAUCUCUUACAGUGUGUCAGCCCCCCCCCCCCCCCCCGGUUCUGCAUAUUCGGAUAGUGGUGCUUUUCAGAGAGAUGCUGUGGAACCGAGUUUUGGAAAAUUUCGAGCAAUUGGGGGUGGAGUUGAGAGGUUGAGUCGGACCAUGUGUUGAUUGAUCACUAAUUGUCGAUGAAGUGAUUGAUCAUGGUGCUUCGGUGUCGUCCGUCGAGAGGCUCCUUGCGAGGGCGAUUACUUCGUGGGUUCUAGGCUUUCGUUCUGUGAUGUAAAAUGUGAGAUCGAAUUGCGUGAGCCUCAAGGGCUUGGCAGGUCGGAGAGAAACGGAAUCCGUGAACGCGGAAUGAGAUUGCUGUUAGUCGAUUGAAAUACUUGUUCCAGACUUCGACCUUCGGGGUUUCGAGAAUGGAUAGAGGCGGAUCACCGUGAUGUGAUUUUUCGUCGCUGCGGUUCUGUGGCGCUCCGCAUAGUCUGUGCAGAGACGUUUUAAUCUGAGUUUAGAGGCUGGGAGAUGAAAAUCAGAAUGCAAUGAAGCGUAAUGGCAUGGGACCUGGUACGGAUUGGCCGGAGUCGCAAGUUACGCAGCCGCAGCAAACAAAUGGGAUACGAGAAAGAGAACCAGCCAUUGACAAUCACCGGUUGAAGAGGCGGCCGUCCUGCGGGUCCUUAACGAAUGAUGGAAAUAUGGGAUUAUCUACAGCCCGGAGCUUACCUCUACCUACCGGUUUGGUGGGGCAAAAAGUUCCAGGGAAAGAUGCGCUAUCAUUUGCAGCCGUUCUUCGAUCUCGCAACAAAAUCGUUGAUGCGCUGGCCCUUUAUGAGAGUAUUUUGGAGGUGGAACCUCAAAAUGUGGAAGCUCAUGUUGGAAAAGGAAUCUGCCUUCAACUCCAGAAUCUGCAUCGUCCAGCAUUUGAAAGUUUCCAGAAUGCUUUGCAGCUUGACGCGCAGAACGCUUGUGCUCUGACGCAUUGUGGAAUGCUGUACAAAGAGGAAGGUCAUUUGCUGGAAGCAGCAGAGGCCUACCGCAAGGCUCUAUUGACAGAGCCAACAUACAAAGCAGCUUCAGAAAAUCUUGCUAUUGUGCUCACCGAUUUAGGCACGAGUCUGAAGCUAUCGGGACAUAUUCAAGAAGGUCUGACGAAGUAUUAUGAUGCCUUAAAAGCAGACAGUCGGUAUGCUCCAGCUUAUUACAACUUGGGAGUUGUCUACUCGGAGAUGAUGCAAUAUGACAUGGCCUUGAGUUGUUAUGAAAAAGCAGCCGCCAAUAGGCCCAUGUAUGCAGAGGCCUACUGCAAUAUGGGAGUUAUCUACAAGAACCGUGGUGAUCUAGAUGCUGCCAUUUCCUGUUAUGAAAGGUGCUUGGCAUUGUCUCCCAAUUUCGAGAUUGCUAAGAAUAACAUGGCCAUUGCCUUAACAGAUUUGGGAACUAAGGUCAAGAUAGAGGGAUACAUCCAUCAAGGAGUAGCAUACUACAAGAAAGCCCUCUUAUAUAACUGGCACUAUGCGGAUGCUAUGUAUAACUUAGGGGUUGCAUAUGGCGAACUGCUCAAAUUUGACAUGGCUGUGGUUAUGUACGAGCUGGCUCUGCACUUCAAUCCUCACUGUGCAGAAGCUUGCAAUAACCUGGGUGUUAUUUACAAGGACCGUGAUAAUCUCGAUAAAGCUGUCGAAUGCUAUCAGAUGGCUCUGCAAAUAAAGCCAAAUUUUUCUCAGUCGCUCAACAAUCUUGGAGUUGUUUACACUGUUCAGGGAAAGAUGGAUUCUGCUGCGGCUAUGAUUGAAAAGGCUAUUUUGGCUAAUCCUUCAUAUGCUGAAGCGUACAAUAAUUUGGGUGUGUUGCAUCGAGACGCGGGGAACAUUCCUCUCGCCAUCGACGCGUAUGAGCGUUGCUUGCUCUUUGAUCCAGAUUCUAGGAACGCGGGCCAGAAUCGUCUCCUGGCUAUGAAUUACAUCUACGAGAGCGAUGAUGAUAAGCUGUACAAUGCUCACAGGAGUUGGGGAAAGCGCUUCAAUCGACUUUAUCCUGAAUUUACGACUUGGAGUAAUAUAAAAGAACGAGAUCGUUCCCUGACAAUUGGCUAUAUAUCCCCAGAUUACUUCACUCACUCUGUGUCUUACUUUAUUGAAGCUCCUCUGCUGCACCAUGACUACACUCAUUAUCACAUAGUAGUGUAUUCUGCGGUUGUUAAGACUGAUGCGAAAACGCAGCGAUUUAAGGAAACUGUGCUAAAGAAAGGUGGUAUUUGGAGAGAAGUAUUUGGUAUCGAUGAGAAGAAACUUGCUAAUAUGGUUAGAGAGGAUAAGGUAGAUAUCCUUGUGGAGCUUACUGGGCACACUGCCAACAAUCGUCUUGGAGUAAUGGCAUGCCGUCCUGCUCCCAUUCAGGCAACUUGGAUUGGAUAUUCCAACACGACUGGCUUACCAACCAUCGACUACCGUUUUACAGAUGCAUUGGCAGAUCCACCAACCACCUUGCAAAAGCAUGUUGAGGAGCUUGUAAGGCUACCAGGAUGUUUCUUGUGCUAUACCCCAUCGCCAGAAAGUGGACCUGUUGUUCCAACACCUGCUCUCAGUAACGGAUUUGUUACGUUUGGUAGCUUCAACAACCUAGCCAAGAUCACUCCUCGCGUACUACGAGUGUGGGCGAGGAUACUCAUUAAGAUGCCUAGUGCCCGGCUUGUGGUGAAAUGCAAGCCUUUUUGCUGUGACAGCGUUAGAGAGGCCUUUCUGGCAAAGCUUGAAGAACUAGGUGUAGAGUCACUUCGAAUAGACUUGUUACCACUGAUUCUACUUAACCAUGAUCACAUGCAAGCCUAUUGUCUCAUGGAUAUUAGUUUGGAUACAUUCCCGUAUGCGGGCACCACCACCACAUGUGAGUCGCUUUACAUGGGUGUACCCUGUGUAACAAUGGCUGGGAAGGUCCAUGCGCAUAAUGUGGGCGUCACACUAUUGCACCAAGUUGGACUGGAGAAUCUUGUAGUGAAGACAGAGGAUGAGUACGUAGACAAGGCAAUAGAAUUAGCAUCUAAUGUCUCUUCGCUUGCAAGUCUAAGAAAUGGACUUCGUGAGAGGAUGCUGAGUUCAUAUCUUUGUGACGGCCCCAAAUUUGUGAAGGGGCUUGAAGAAAAGUACCUUCAUUUAUGGCACCGCUACUGCGACGGGGACGUCCCAUAUGAGACAAGGAAAAAGGCAGAAGAUGAAGCUCUUGUAAGCCGCUCAGCCAGCACCACUGGUGAUGUAACUGAUUUGCCAAUGAAGGAGGCCGGCUCUGCACCACAUCAGCCAAACGCGGCCACCAUUACUUCAACUUCCUCGCCCACGUCAACUUUGUCCACCACGGAGGCGAACCGUUUGGACGAGGCACGGAUGAAGUUUCCGAAAUUAAGUCCAAGUUCUCUUGGUCCAUCCAGCUAACUCGAACAUCAUUCUUGGUUACCUUCAGUUUGAAGGUCCUCUUCGGGAGGGACAAAUAUCAGCCGGGUGCUAGGUAAUUUUUAGUCUUUAUUGCUCUUCUCAUAGCCCUUUCUAAUGUGUGGGCCCCUUCACACACACACACUCCUGUCGUAUCUUGUAAUUCAUUCAAAGAGCUCAUUUUGAUGAGAUGGUCUGCGACCAUUCCUUUAUUUACUGUAUAUGAAUUUCAGAAAUGGUUCAUUUUCUUGUAAUUGAUUUUAAACUGGUUAUCACA